AUGAUACGCGUGCUCCCCGACGAUGUUUUGCUGUUAAUUGGGGACUUCCUCGAGGAUCACCAGGACCGCUACAACCUGGUAUUUGUCUGCCGCCGCUUUCAUGAUUUGUUUUUACGCCUGGCUUAUCGGGCAGCUUCGUUAAAAUCAUGCCAGCACGUUCGAUCUUUUCUCGGUUCCAUCCUACGACGCCCCGAGCUGGCUCGGGCCAUACGAGUUCUGCAUUUCGAUCGCUGGCAGGACAAGCCGUCUACAGGCUAUGUACAUAUCACCGACAAGGAACGCCCGCUAUUGAUUGAAUGGGCCUGGGUCAUCAGUCAAUCGGACGAAGAACACGCCCAGUGGGAGCAGGAUCUCCAGCACGGCGUGUCGGAGGCAUGGAUCGCGCUGCUGCUGCCGCUGGCGAGCAAUCUCCGCCGGCUUCGUUUGAUUUACCCCAAGCACAACACGUAUCUCGACCGCACUCUGACCCGUGCCGUCAACGGGGAAUGUCCAGCCCUCCGAUCGCUACAAGAAGUGUCGUUGAACCAUUUGGAAGACGAUGCUGACGACAUCAAGGGCGACUACCUGCCGUCGCAGAUUCUGCCCUUCUUCCGACUGCCGCUCAUGCGCACCCUCUCCGCCGACAUGGUGUUGGAAUCCGAUUCCGCUCAGGAAGCCCGGGGCUCCCCUCCGAGCACACCGCUGACUGGCUCAUCCGUCUCGGAGAUUACGCUCAAUGCCAGCAACGGCUCGAAGGGCAUGGAGAGCCUGAUCGCUUCCUGCUCGUCGCUCAAAACAUUCAAAUACCAACACUCGGAUUCGCACCUCCACGCCGAGGGGUACCAACCUUCCGCCUUCUACCACUCCCUGGCCGGCAGCAAGAACACACUGGAGACGCUCUGGCUCGACACCUGCGGCCAUCACCUGCCUUUCACCAUCGCGGGCGCCAAUGAGACCCACGAUGAAUGGUUCGGCCCCCUGACCGAGUUCACUGCGUUGAAAGACGUCCGAAUUCGUCUCCCGAACCUUCUUGAUAUCCGCUACCAAGUCGAACCCUCCACCUCGCUCCCGGAUAUCCUUCCACGGUCGCUCGAGUCGCUCUAUAUCGAAGGCUGCAAGGAGAGCACACUGUCAAUGCUGUUGAACCAGGUACGUAUGGUGCUUAGCCAGCACACUUCGCGCUUUCCGGAACUUCGGCGAGUGGACAUUGAAGGUUUCUUCCACGACGAGGAAGACUACGAAGACUCGGGGUAUGAUGGGAGUAGCAACACGACUGAGAAGGUCAUCAAGCGGCGGGUCUACGAAAUGGUGAAACCAGUACAAAAUGGUUGUGCUGGGGCUGGAAUUGACCUAUUUAUUCGGGAUAGAGCUUGUUUGGAGACCAUGAAGGGGUCUCCUGUUUAA